AUGAAUACGCUAUGCUGCUCGUCGACCAAACCGUAUCAAGACCGUCCAAAUGCGAGCGAACAUGACCCCAAGUUUUCUGCUUUCCUGAGCGCGCUCCCCUCGAUAUCCGACGACGAUCUUUCGAAUGUGAACCCUCCAAGCAAGCGAUUUAAGUACACUAUACAGCUACACAAGAGCGAGAUGGUAGGCGAUUCAGAGGUAAAACGAGAUCGCUAUUUCGCAUGCUUGGACACUCGAGCACCCAUAUCUUCCCCAACGACGUCUCAUCAGCCCAAUCCACCGAGCAAACAAGAGAAAGUCGAGCCUUAUCGUCCUCGUAUUCCAAGACUGUCGAUGGACAACGACAAAAUCAUGCAAGCAGAGCCUAUGAAGAAGCAGUGGGGGUCGGGCUGGAGCCAACAGCGCUCCUGGUCAAACGGCGGGAACGGAGGCGGGGGGUACCACGGUAGUAGUAGCAACGCAGCGCACAAUAGCAACACCAUGCCUCCUCUCCGACGCCAAAACUCACCCGCGACAUGGGCCAAACGCGACGCGGCAGAUGCGAGCGAGAGUUGGCGGAGCAACAACAAGCGUUCAGGCAGUCAAGCCAGCACGAGUCCUCGUAGCCCUACGUUUCCAACCUCCCCUUCGGCAAAAGGCGCCUUUGUCCUCCAAAGGCUCAUAAUGGCCAUUUGUCGGUCCCAGAGAAGGAAUCAUGGAGGUGGCGGUCCCAAGUCUCCUGCCCUGAGCAGUGCAGCGUCCGUGUCGGAGAGAGACACAUCGAGUGCUUGGGAAACAAACUCGAAUGCCACAAACUCGACGUGGGCUAAUCGGUUUGCUAUGCUGGGAAGGGGAGGUGAAGAUGAGGACGACGAGGAUACCAAAACAAUCAGUGACACGAGUGAUGGAAUCGAUAGCGCAGUCGCGAAGAAAAUGGUCGACCUUGUCGUUCCGGACGAUGAUGAAGACGACUACGCAAUCUCUCGCCCCGAGUCUGCCGUCAGUUGGAGUAAAGGAGACGACAUGCAUUUUGUGGAGAUUCAAGAAAAGGUGUUCAAGGAUGCCAAAAUGACCCGCCAGCCAACGUUCAAAAUGUUCCGCUGCUCCGUCCACAACGUAGCCUUCAAGAUUCACCUUUACCUCCCAAGGCAAGGAUAG